CACACCUUACAGAUAACAGUGAGAGAGAGAAAGAAAGAAAAUGGAUCAGAGUUUCCCUGUAAUUGACAUGAAUAAUCUCAAAGGUGAAGAAAGGGUAACCGCCAUGGAAGCCAUCAAAGAUGCUUGUGAGAACUGGGGUUUCUUCGAGGUGAUCAACCAUGGAAUCUCCCACGAGCUGAUGGACAAAGUGGAAAGCCUUGCAAAAGAACACUACAAGAAGUUCAUGGAACAUAAAUUUAAGGAAAUGGUGGCCACAAAAGGCCUUGAAGCUGCCAAGGAGGUUGAUCAUGACACUGACUGGGAAAGCACUUUCUUCGUCCGCCAUCUUCCCGAUUCCAACAUCUCUCAACUCCCCGAUCUUCAUCAUCACUACAGAGAGGCAAUGACUGUCUUCGCCAAGGAGCUAGAGAAACUGGCAGAGCAACUCUUGGAAAUUCUGGGAGAGAAUCUUGGUCUAGACAAAGGUUAUCUUAAGAAAGCCCUCAGCGGCUCUAAUGGUCCUACUUUUGGGACCAAGGUCAGUAACUACCCUCCGUGCCCUCAGCCGGACCUCAUCCAAGGACUACGUGCCCAUACAGAUGCAGGAGGUCUCAUCCUCCUCUUUCAGGAUCAAAAGGUCAGCGGUCUGCAACUUCUCAAGGAUGGAAACUGGAUUGACGUCCCACCAUUGAAGCACUCCAUCGUCAUCAACCUAGGUGACCAACUUGAGGUCAUUACGAAUGGAAGAUACAAGAGCGUGUUGCAUCGUGUGAUCGCUCAGACCGAUGGGAACAGGAUGUCUUUAGCCUCGUUCUACAAUCCGGGCAGUGAUGCAAUCAUCUACCCUGCACCUGCACUGGUCAAGAAUGAAGAAGUUUAUCCUAAAUUUGUAUUUGAAGACUACAUGAAACUAUACUCCGGGGUUAAGUUUCAGGCUAAGGAGCCUCGAUUCGAAGUUAUGAAGGCAAAGGAGGCCAAACUCAAUCUUCCAGCUAGCCCUGUUGGCACAACAGUUUGACUAUGUGCUCUUAAUUUAGUAGUAAUGAAUAAAUGUUUGCAAUAGUGCAGACCUAUCUAGAUAUCUUCUUAUGUUAAAACUCAGUGGUGGUUGUAAUGCACUUGUUUGUUUGUAUGUGUGCUUAUAAUGUAAUCUUUGUGGGGUGUUUUGA